AUGCAGUUCUUCACCGCAGCCAUCACCAUCUUCGCCGGCGUCGCCCUCGCCGCGCCUGCCGUCGAGCAGCGCCAGGUCUACACCCCCUGCAGUGGCCUCUACGGCACCUCGCAGUGCUGCGCGACUGAUGUCCUAGGCGUAGCUGACCUCGACUGCGCCAACCCCCCCGCCGUCCCCACCGACGCCAGCAACUUCAGCGAGAUCUGCGCGGCUGAUGGCCAGCGUGCCCGCUGCUGCGUCCUACCUAUCCUCGGACAGGAUGUUCUCUGCCAGACCCCCGCUGGCGUUACCGCGGCAGGCUAUUAG